AGGAAGGGAGGCCGCGGUGGGAGGCUAGGCCCAUAUGGCGCCAUUUCCAUCGGGAGCGCGCCCGCCAGCCCAGAACCUCCCCGCACCCAAGUGCCCGGCCUUCCCCUGCUCGCUUCGUUCCCCACCCUCAUCCCUUCCAAGGCGCUCUGCCCACCCUCCAGCCUUCUAAGUCAGUUUUCGGAAGCCUGGGCACAAAAAGUAGAGAGGGGAAGGGCGGGAAGCCGUGGUGGCCGCGCCACCGUACCCAAAAUGGCGGAAGCCAAACCAGCAGGGAAAGGGGGAAUGCUGGAUGACUCCCACUUCGGUCCACGGCUUCGUCCACUGAAUUCCACCUGACAACAAGAAGUAAAAGUAGCUUACCAGCAAUUCUGAGAGCUUACAAAAACAGCUCAAAAGGAAAAUGAAGCUCCCUCUUUUCAUAGUAGAUGCAUUCACAGCAAAGCCAUUUCAUGGGAAUCCUGCUGCUGUUUGUCUCCUAGAAAAUAAACUGGACGAAGACAUGCAUCAAAAAAUUGCAAGGGAAAUGACCCUCUCAGAAACUGCUUUUAUCCGAAAACUGCGCCCAACUGACAACUUUACACAAAGUUCCUGCUUUGGAUUAAGGUGGUUUACGCCAGCAAGUGAGGUCCCUCUCUGCGGCCACGCUACCCUGGCUUCUGCAGCUGUGCUGUUUCACAAAAUAAAGAACGUGAAUAAUACUCUCACCUUUGUCACACUGAGUGGGGAACUGAAGGCCAGAAAAGAAGAGGAUGGUAUUGUCCUGGACUUGCCUCUUUAUCCUGCUCACCCCCAGGACUUCCAUGAAGUGAAGGACUUGAUAAAGACUGCCAUAGGUGACACACUGGUCCAGGACAUCUGCUAUUCUCCAGAUACCCGAAAUCUCCUUGUCCGUCUCAGUGAUACUUAUGACAGGUCAUUUCUGGAGAACCUGAAAGUCAACACACAGAAUCUGCUGCAAGUGGAGAACACAGGGAAAGUGAAAGGACUCAUUCUCACCCUUCAAGGAGAAGGAGAGGCUGGCGGGCAGGCCCAAGCAUUUGACUUUUACUCCAGAUAUUUUUCACCAUGGUAUGGUGUGGCAGAAGAUCCUGUAACAGGGUCUGCACAUACUGUUCUCAGCAGCUACUGGUCCCAGCAACUGGGGAAGAAAGACAUGCAUGCCUUGCAGUGUUCCUGCAGAAGAGGAGAAUUGAAGAUUUCACUGCGUCCGGAUGGACGAGUGGACAUUAAGGGAGACACUACUGUUGUUUUAGAGGGCACGCUGACAGCCUAGAGAUGGUUGUGCUGCAGUGCUGCUAUCUUGAAUGACUAAGUAUUUUCUGCAUAAAAAUAAACACAAAGGGCUGCCUUUAACAAACGUGCACAGUAAUCCACUUAAUACUCACUUAGAAAUAGAAAAAUUAAAUCAUAUUAAUGGAAAUUUAA